GCUGGGUUAGGCCUCAGUAGGAGGCCAUCCUGGGAGCCAGAGGUUGAGGAGCAGUGCCACAGCACAGUGCCAGCCAACCCUGUGCUCUUGGUUUGUAGAAACUCCGAGCCACUUCUCCUGGAAGGAGAGUUACUACCGAUCAGCCAUGUCCCAGAGCUCGCAGCCCAGGGAGUUCCUCAGCCCAGAGGUGAUCCAGCAUAUCUGGGACUUCCUGGAGCAGCCUAUAUGCUCAGUUCAGCCAAUUGAUUUGAACUUCAUUGAUGACCCGUCUGAAAAUGGCCCUACUAAUAAAAUAGAAAUCAGCAUGGAUUGUGUCCGGCUGCAGGAUACGGAGCUGAGUGACCCGAUGUGGCCGCAGUACACGAACCUGGGGCUCCUGAACAGCAUGGACCAGCAGAUUCAGAAUGGUUCCUCCUCCACCAGCCCCUACAACACGGAGCACACGCAGAACAGCGUCACGGCGCCCUCACCUUAUGCCCAGCCCAGCUCGACUUUUGAUGCCCUGUCGCCCUCCCCAGCCAUUCCUUCCAACACAGACUACCCAGGACCUCACAGCUUCGAUGUAUCAUUUCAACAGUCCAGCACAGCAAAGUCAGCAACGUGGACGUACUCCACUGAACUGAAAAAGCUGUACUGCCAGAUCGCCAAGACGUGUCCCAUUCAGAUCAAAGUGCUGACCCCACCGCCGCAGGGAGCCGUCAUCCGGGCUAUGCCAGUCUACAAGAAAGCUGAACACGUCACUGAAGUGGUCAAACGCUGCCCAAACCACGAGCUGAGCCGGGAGUUCAACGAGGGGCAGAUUGCGCCUCCCAGCCACCUGAUCAGGGUGGAAGGGAACAGCCAUGCCCAGUACGUAGAAGACCCCAUCACUGGGAGACAGAGCGUGCUGGUCCCAUAUGAGCCACCUCAGGUUGGUACAGAGUUCACAACAGUCUUGUACAACUUCAUGUGUAACAGUAGCUGCGUAGGAGGGAUGAACCGUCGCCCAAUCCUCAUCAUCGUCACGCUGGAAACUAGAGAUGGGCAAGUCUUGGGCCGUCGAUGUUUUGAAGCCCGCAUUUGCGCUUGCCCAGGCAGGGAUCGCAAAGCAGAUGAGGACAGCAUCCGCAAGCAGCAAGUCUCUGACAGCACAAAGAAUGGUGAUGGUACGAAGCGCCCUUUUCGACAAGGCACUCAUGGCAUACAGAUGACAUCUAUCAAAAAAAGACGUUCUCCAGAUGAUGAGCUCUUAUACUUACCGGUGAGGGGACGAGAAACAUAUGAAAUGCUACUAAAGAUCAAAGAGUCCCUGGAACUUAUGCAGUACCUUCCCCAGCACACGAUUGAGACUUACCGGCAGCAGCAGCAACAGCAGCACCAGCACUUGCUCCAGAAGCAGACCUCCAUGCAGUCACAGUCGUCCUAUGGCUCCAACUCACCGCCACUCAGCAAAAUGAACAGCAUGAACAAGCUGCCCUCAGUCAGCCAGCUAAUUAACCCCCAGCAGCGCAAUGCCCUGACCCCAACCACCAUCCCUGACGGCAUGGGAACCAACAUUCCCAUGAUGGGCACCCACAUGGCCAUGACCGGCGACAUGAAUGGCCUCAGCCCCACGCAGGCACUGCCGCCUCCCCUCUCCAUGCCUUCAACGUCCCACUGCACUCCCCCUCCUCCAUACCCCACAGACUGCAGCAUUGUCAGCUUCUUAGCGAGGUUGGGCUGCUCAUCCUGUGUGGAUUAUUUCACGACCCAGGGGCUGACCACCAUCUAUCAGAUUGAGCAUUACUCCAUGGAUGAUCUGGUGAGCCUCAAGAUCCCGGAGCAGUUCCGCCACGCCAUCUGGAAGGGCAUCCUGGACCACCGGCAGCUCCAUGACUUCUCCUCCCCUCCCCACCUCCUGCGUACCCCUAGCGGCGCCUCCACUGUCAGCGUGGGCUCCAGUGAAACCCGGGGAGAGCGGGUCAUCGACGCGGUCCGCUUCACGCUCCGGCAGACCAUUUCCUUCCCACCCCGCGACGAGUGGAACGACUUCAACUUCGACAUGGAUGCCCGGCGCAACAAACAGCAACGCAUCAAGGAGGAAGGGGAGUGAGCUCCGCAGACCCCGCCCCGCCUCAGCCACAAACUGCUCAGCCCUUCAUUUGUCUUCCCUUCUGCUUGGUACUGCACCCCUGGACGAAGGGCGGAGGGAGCCUCCUUGCUCGCUCACGCUAGUUAUGCCCUUGAUGCUGUCUAGGCCAUGCUCCUGGACCGCAACCUCCACCCCAGCUCUUGCAAGAGGAGGAGCUGAGCGAAGGGGGAAGGCGGGUGGCGUUUCCUUGAAAGCUGUUGGCCUUCUCGAGAAGGCGUUGUCCUUGUUUCGUGUUUUCCUUUGGGGAGAGGGCUUCUUUUCUUGACUUUUUGAAUCCUCACACGCCUUGCGGGUGUCCUGACCUGCAAACUCUCUCUGUCAUCCAGCAAUCCCACUUUGAAAAGCAGGAAGGUUAAAGCUUUUUUUUAAAAAAAGCUAAAAACAAAAAAGUAAAAAUCAACACCCAAAGCCACUAAAUCCCAAACCGGCAGUUCAUCUGAAAAACAAAUGGGAAUUGGUCUGCUGAAUGUUGCACUUAAACAGCCUCUUCCCCCAGAGCUGAGCACUCUGUUCAUGUAUACUAUUCUCCAGCGGAGAGAGCACAUGCACUUUGCUGGACAGGCCAGAGCUUAUGGCCACCUGCAAUCCUCCUUUUCCUUUUCCUUUGCAUUCUAUAGGGGAAAAACAAACCUGGUAUCUCUUCUCAUUUUGAAUGUACGCUCUAGUUGUAUAUCCUGGUUUGCUUCGGUCAGGAUAUAAAUACAGAUACAGCCGUCAGUAAUUCUGACUCUUGUCCCCCACCCAAUGUUAGCCACUCUGUACUACUACUGAAACUUAAGCUAGAGAAUUAGGCUUUGCCACAUAUGCUGCCUGGUUAGUUUAGCACAAGGAUUUGCCUGCUUGUCCUCUGACCAGAGGACCUACUGGGAGCUGCACACUGAUUUGUAGGGCUUCAGCUACCCAGAACCAAGGCAAUUCUUUAUUUAGACUGUUAGAUUGGUUAAUUAAAGUAGAGCUGUCUUUAGACAUGCCUGUAGUAGCCUGGAAUCUGUUAUUUUGUUGCUUCGGACUAUAGACUAAGUAAUGAGCAACUAGAAGUGCAGAGUAAAAAUUAUAUAUAAUAUGUAUUUUCCAGCAGCCUCGGAACAAGUACCAGUUCCAUGGUAGUAUAAGUGUUGCUACUGCAGAAGUCCUGUUUACAUGAAAAAAAAAAUUUUCUUCAUUGGUUGAACAGCAGCUGUGCUCUGAGGCAUUUCCUCUGACUGCCAGUGAUACUCUGGACAAGUAACUGAACACUUUGAUGUUUAUAUUGGCCAAGGUAGUGAGACUGAUGUAUGGAGAAGCUAAAGCAAGGGGCUCGGCUCAGGACAGCUGCUUUCAGGUUGGCUUUUGCUGUUAACAGUAAGCCUGACUUUGUUUUUUACUGGAGAAAGAUGAAAGAAGCAGCUUUUAAAGGACUUGUCAUCCUACCUUGCUACAACCAAAUCUUGUUUCAAUGCAGUGGCUGUUUUCUGGGCCCUGCUGUGUGCCUCUUAUUUCACGUAAUCAACAUUGUUAGCAUCCUCCUCCAUCUGUCCAUUGUGCCAGGUUGCAUUCAAAGACUGCCUUUUGGUAACUGUGCAAGCCUAUUUUGGAUAGCUCUGAGCGGUAAUAUAAGAUGGUUACCUUGUAAAGUGUGUAUAUAUAUUUUUUGUAUGUGUAAUUUGUUUCCUACAGCAUAACAUGCCAAUUUUUAUUUCUUCUUGGGCUACUGGGUCUGACAGAACCACAAUAAAAUGUUUUUUGUUUUUCUGUUUUUUAAUUAUUAUUUUUAUGCAGAAUGCUUACAGUAUACAGUGUAACAAAUGGCGUCGUCACUGGACAAAUAUAUUUGUAUUUUUUCAUACUGAGAUUCCUGUGUUACUUUGCAGUUGAGGGGAGGGGGCAGGUACUGAAAACCUGUUUUAUCAUUUUGUUUUGUAACACUUCAAAGAGCAGCGUCCUAGAUUUCAAAGUAUUUAACAUGCUCAGUGUGAAAACUUACUAUGUCUUUUUUUUAUUCUAGUAUGCUACAAAAGAAGCGAGUCAGCCUGCUCUUGACUCAAUGCAAGAAUUCAUUCAGCAGGGCAGUGUUAGUGUGGGGAAAGCGUUAGUGCGGGUACUCUGCAAGGUCCUGGGGGUGAGCUGGGUUAUGCCUUUCUCACCUCCAUGGUUUUGCAUCUCCAUUGUAUAAUCCUUCUGAGCUGCUUCAGUACUGUACAAAUAUUGAUGCCUUCAUUACCUUCCUUCAUUACCUUCAUUCUAGGAACUAGGAAGCUUCUGACUACCAAGGUUAAUGCAGUUAAUGCUGUGCCCAGAGGCUGGGCACAAGAACAUUAGUUUCUGCUUUUCAACUCAGCAGUAAGAUGGAGCUUUUCUGCUACAUCACUAGUGACUAAAAUAUAUGCUGUGAAAACCUUCUUUCCACUGUAUACCACUACGGAGUGCACUUAUGUGUAACUGGGAUCUUCACGUGAGUUUGAACAGCUGUAGCUUUUACCCUCCCCUGUAGAGCUGUGAUUAUUUUUGUUGUUGUUUUUUUUGAUACAUCAAAGCCCAUGGGAUCUACCAAUGCUUGUAGCAAUGACAGUGUUGCCUGCACCAGGACUUGUGUGUGUUUUGGAACACCUUGUUGUUGAAGUCAAUGAAAAUAAAAGCCGGACUGAAAAUGA